UUUCAUUUGGUUCUAAAAAUAACAACAACUACAACACUAUUAUUUCAAUUUUGAGAACAAGAGAGUGAAAAGGAAAAUGGGUUCUGAAACAUUUAUUGAAGUUAUACUAGCAAUACUCUUACCUCCUGUUGGUGUUUUCCUUCGUUAUGGCUGUGGAGUGGAGUUCUGGAUAGAUCUGGUGCUUACAUUACUGGGAUACAUUCCAGGGAUUAUAUAUGCCAUUUAUGUAUUGGUUGGGUGAUAUUUAGAUAUUUAGCAUUUUAUUUUAUUUUAUUUCAUGUAUAUUUCUCUUAUUUUUUUUAUAUGUAUGAGUUUUUCUUUAA